UGAUCGCUAUUUGUAUGGAUCCGCCCAACCAACCCUCACAAACCACCAGUGGCGCCCUUCCUCCGCAAUAAGCGAGUCAGGUAUGCGCCAUCACAACGCGGUACGUGAUAUGCGCAGUGGAACGCGGAAGGGGAAUUGCUUCUUGGUUCAUAAUUCGUAGAUAUGUACCGGGAGGGUGGGCCUGGUUCUCGUGGAAUGCUGCCCGUGUUUUCGUUGCUGAGAUUCGGGAGUUGUCCGGCGGCUGGUGGCGCACACACGCCUCUGACUUCAACGUGGACACAGACAGGCUAGUCGAGGAGCCUGCUGGUGCCGUGGAUUUUUUUCUUCUUUCUGGGGGCAUGAAAAUGGGACAGAAGGAGCUGCCACAGCCGAAGACGUGUUGCUCUUAAGCGGUUUGAAGACGAUGACACGCACGCAAGACUUUAUCUUCUGAUUAGCCCAUUCAUUCUUCAGCGGUAAUGGUAGCGGUUCGGCUAUCAUAAAAAAAAUCGAACGGUGACGCGUUCACGGACUUGUCCCCUGCAUCUUUUGGGGUCGGGAGAACGAGGCUGACUAGGCGGUUCUCCAGUCGGGGGGGAUAUGGGCGAGCAAGGGGAACCGAUGCAGUGGUUCGAGUCACGGCAGCGUGAAAACACAGGUGAGGCACCGGAUGAACACGCUUGUAUGAAUUGGCACAUUCGGGGGUUGGUGUUGGACAAGGUUAUUGAUUUCGAGCACACGUUCAUAGGCCACAUCCCACCUAGCAAGGCCUGCAGAAUGACACCCUGAGCAGUUGGCCUCCUUAAUGUAUACAAGGCUACUGCCUGUGCUCACACUAUUCAAACACAGCCACACAACAUGCAACGCACACACACACACACACACACACACACACACACACACGGUGCGUUCACUUGUCAUAUUUGAUCCAGUUAAACCCAGGGCUACACAAAAUAUUGAAGAAAUAAUUGAUUAACACUUGCAUGCGAUGUCAUUUAAAAAUGAUGCUUUUUAAAAUGUUACCAAUAAACACUCGUUGGCCAGGGUGAGUUGGCACCGCUGCCCUGGUUCUCCCGGCGCCAAGGCUCGCUGGCUAAUCAUUCAUCGGCUUUUCGAGAAAUCCCAAAUUAAUUGACUUUUCCUUUGAUCCAAUUAGGUUCAUUUGGUCUAUCGGUGAUAAUUUCUAAACCAGGGAUGUCCAAAGUGCGGUCCCGUGGGGGCUAUUUGCAGCCCGCGGCACAUUCUAAAAAUAUAAUUUAACAAAAAAAAACAGCAUAAAAAAUGGAAAUACCUGCAUUAAUUUUACAAGAAUAAAAUCAAAACAUUAAGAGAAAAAACAUGCAAUCUAAUGAGGAAAAAGUCGUAAUUUUGUGAGGAAAAACUAACAUCGUUUUAGUAGCAUCAAGUUAAAAUAUUAAAGAAAGAUGUAUUUUUUAAAAGUCGUAAUAUUAUGAAAUAAAAAAAAACAACAAAUAAAGUUGUAAUUUUUGACUGAAUUAGGUUGGGGAUAAGGUUAUAAUGUUACGAGCAUAAAGACAAAAUAUUAUUGGAGUGAAGUUAUCAUUGCGGAAAGAACAUUUACAAAAAGAAAGCUGAAAUAGUUGGCAAAUUAAAAGAAAAAAACAGCAGUAAUUUUAUGAGAAUAAAGUCAAAAUAUUAAGAGAAAAAAAGUUGUAUUCUAAUAAGAAAAAAAGGUAAUUUUACAAGAAUAAUGUCAUAAUGUUAUGAGGAAAAACAGCACAAAGCUGAAAUAUUAAAGAAAGACAUUAUUCUUUUUCAAUCGUAAAACAAACAACAACAACAACAAAAAAAGAUGUCAUUUUUGGAAAAUUAGGUUGGGGGAAAAGUUAUAAUGUUACGAGAAUAAAGUUAUAAUUAUAAGAGAAAAAUUGACGAGAAGAAAGUUCAAAUAGCAGGCGAAUUAAAAGAAAAAAAACAGCAGAAAUGAUAAUUAAAAAAACAGCUGCAAUUUUACAAGAUGUAAUAUUGUAAUUUUAGAUAAUAUUACGAGGGGGAAAAAAAACCUUUUAGUACCAUAAAGCUGAAAUAUUACAGAAAAAAGGUGUACUUUUUAAGAAUCACAGUAUGAAAAACAAACAAAAUAAGGAAUAAAGAUGUAAAUUUUGGAAAAUUAGGUUGCGGAAAAACAUAUAAUAUUACAAGAACAAAGUCAAAAUAUUACGGGAAUAAAGUCAUAAUUAUGAGAAGAAUAUUUACAAGAAGGAAGUCGAAAUAGUUGGAAAAAACAAUAGCAGCAGAAAAUAAAUAAAUAAAUAAAUAAAAAACAGAAUAAAGUCAAAACAAUAAGAGGAAGAAAAUGUUGUAUUCUAACAAGAAAAAAAUAAUUUUACAAGAAUGUUGUGGCAGCAUAACGUUGAAAUAUUAAAGAGACAAUUUUUAAAAAAGUUGUGAUAUGCGAAACAAACAAAUCAAAAUAAACUUGUCCUUUUUGGAAAAUUAGAAUGGGGAAAAAGUUAUAAUAUUAUGGGAAUAAAGUCAAAAUAUUACGAGAAGAAAAUGCACAAAAAUUACAGAAAAAAGGUUUAAAUAUUUGGAACAUUAAAAAGAAAAACAGCAGGAAAAUUUAAGGAAAAAAAGAGCAAAGUUGACACUAAUAAUAGGUUUUUUCACCCAUAGCUGAGAUACAGUUUUGUCUUGAAAUGUAUAUCAUCCAGACGAUCAGUGUGGCCCACGGCGGCAACAGUUUGGACAUCCGUUUCUACACAGUUCUUUGAUCAGACCAGAGACCUGGACUUGCAGUCUUAUGAAUGGUAUGGAAAAACUGAUGGUUUAGAAUGACUUUUCUUUUGCUUUGAAUCUUUGUAUGUACAGUUGAGUCACUUGAUGGAUUAUUUUCAGUCUUUCUAUGUAUUUCUAUCAAAGUCCCCCGUCAAACUGGCCUUCUGGGACCUCCCAAGACUUAUAUAGUUUUGAUGUACUUUACAUUAUUUGCUACACUGACAAAAAUGUGAACGCUAACGGAACUGCACGAAAGUGACCACCAAGUAGCUUUUUUUUUAAAAUUUAAAUUUAAAUUUUUACAUUUAUGGUUUGAACCAGAGUACUGAACUACUACUGUUGUUGACAAGCCAUUUAAACUUGUGAUCCUAUGACACUUCUGCCUUUUUAAAUUGCAAAUAAUGUGUUUGAUUACAGUUGUACACCUGUCUCGACACCUCAAAGUGUCUGGAAAAACAACAAGUCUACUGAUUACUGUGUUUACUGUGGGUGCAGGACAACAAGUCACUGAGUUAAGGGAAGACAAACGUUGAACAAUUGUGAAACGCUCAUUGUUACACAGAAAGUGGUACGUUACCACAGACAAGGUUGUGUUUUGCUACUCGUUAUGUUGUUUAUGAGCACAAAUGCACAGUGAAUGAAACUUUUGUAUAGCAUCUGAGCAUUUAUUCUUAGCAGUUAGCGAAUAUACACGUUCUAUUUAGGAUUGUUGACUGUAGACAAGACGACACACAUGACUUAGACGCACAAACUUAUAAUGUAGUUUAUAUUUUAGUUCAUAAUACGGUGUUUUCCAUAUGUUCCCAUAUGGUUGCGGCAGGCCGCCACAAAUAGAUUUGGCACUGCCUGUUCGCCCUCGCUCAUGAACACACUAUGAUGGGACUGUCUGUGAAUGGAGCUCGUUGUUGCGACUCGCGAUUCAGCUGAAGCUUGUUGCUUCAGUUGAUCGAGUAAUCGGUUAGGCCCUACACCAGGGGUGUCCAAAGUGUGACCCGGGACGUCAUUUGUGGCCCUUGGCUGUUUUUUUUUUAAGUGGUCCAUAGGAAAAAAAGAAAAGACAAGAAAAAAGACAAAAAAACAAGUAAAGUUGUUUAAAAAAAGCAAAAAAUCAGUAAGAAUAAAGUCAAAAUAUUAAGAGAAAAAAGUUGUCAUCUAGUGAGAAAAGGGGAUAAUUUUCCGAGAACGUUAUAUUAUGUGGAAAAAUCAUUUUAGUAGCAUAAGGUUGAAAUGAUACAUCUUUCUUUUUUUUUAAGUCAUAAUAUUAUGAGAAACAAAAAAAGGUUGUAAGUUAGUUAAGUUAGGUUGGGGAAAAAGUUAUAAUGUUACGGGAAUCAAGUGAAAAUAUUAUGGGAAUAAAUUCAUAAAACUUUGACAAGGAAAUUUACAAGAAGAAAGUUGAAAUAGUUGGAAAAUUAAAAACAGCAAAAAUGGAAAAAUCAACAAAAAAGAAAUGAGUGAAAAUAUUUAUAGAAAAAAGUUGUAUCGAAUGGAAAAAAGUCAAGAUUUUAUGAGAAUAAACUCGUAAUAAGAGGAAAAAUGUCAUGGAAAAAUGAACAUUUGCCAAGAAUAUUUAAGAAAAAGUUGAAAUAUCUGGAAAGUUCAAAAAAGAAAAAGAGGCAAAAACAGGAAAAAAAAAAAGUGGAAAGAGUGAAGUUGAUGCUAAUUAUAGGCUUUUUUCAUCUAUAUCACAAAGCUGAUAUGUAGUUUUUUUUUUAAAAUAGAAAUAUAACUUUUUAUCCUUUAAUUGUUCACUAUGUGACCCUCGCUGGAAAAAGUUUGGACACCCCUGCUGUAGACGGACCAAAUCAAUAUGAAGCAAACAUAAACAGUUAGUGGUUUGGUCCGCAACAUAUCAGAAAAGAGGCAAAAAUGUCCAUCACUGUUUUCCAGAGUCAAAGCUGAUGUGUGUGAAUAUCUUGUUUUGCCUAAAACACAGAAAUAAUAGCUCCCCUUUCAUGGAUGAUUUGAUAGGGUGACAUUAGAGGAUAUUUAUAUUUUUACAUCCAAAAUUAUUAAUGAAAUGCCAAAAUAGUUGUCGAUUAACUGGAUAACCGAUUAAUCAUGGAUUAAUGGUUGCAGUAGAUGCUGUUUCUUAACACACCUCAUACACACCUGGUCUGCCAGAGAAUCAGAAGACGUAGCAGGAGGGAUCAGUGUUGACAACAUAGCGACUUUGUCGCCAUAUUUAGCGAGUAUUCGGAGCCCUGUUGAAAAAUGUUGAAAAACCCUUGUUUUUCGAAAAAAGCGCCGAGUGACAAAUCUCGCGACUUUUUCUGAUCUUAUUGGACAAAAGCACGUAUCGCUGUUCUCAAUGAGCAGCGAGUCCUCCUGUGCCGCCUGCCCAUCUACAAACACUCCCAGGGGGCUCCGUCUUGCUUGUGACAUUUAAAAAAAACACAUGCACACAAAAAGAAGCAUCAGAAGAACGUUGAUUUGUAUUUCUACAAAUAUUUGUUUUGCUUGUCAUGUUCUUGCUCACGUUUUGUCUGCCACGGCCUCCGUAAAAUUGACAUGUGCGUGCAUCAUGGCCAAUUAUGCUCAUUAGACCCCACACAUAGAUUGCAGUCUUGUGGGAAACACUGCAACAAAUAUGUGUAACUAAUCGUUUUAAUGCAUUUGAUAGCCAGCAAAUACAUGUGGUUAAAGAAACGGUUCACCAAGGGUUGACACAAAACGUGCAACAGCAAAGUGUAGCUAAUUUGUACUUUCUGGUUCUUAAAAUGCCGAAUUGGGUUCACUGAAACGUGACGUCUUGCUUGGUGCUAAAACCCCAGGGUUCAACCAUUGUAGAAAGCGGCAAGCCCCAGGGUGACAGCACACGUAGACUGUCACCGUUUUUGCAAAAACCUCAUAUUUCAGAACUUCACUACCUCUUUUUUUUUUUUUUUGGUUGCCCUGACGCAAACAUCCUCUCUGUUCAACUUCUUUGUCGUCUCCAUUGUGUUGACUUAUGAAAAGGACUUACACAGAUGAAUGAAUCUAGUGGUGUUUUAGUUCAGUAGACCUGUUUCCUUCAAAGGCCCAUGAGCGAAUACAGAAAGAAAGUCUAUUCAAUGUUGAUUAACCCACACUCUUUUUAAAAACAUGCCAGGUGCCCCCAAAUCAGUGAUUCUUUUCAACCAAUUGACAAAACUGCAGUUUGUCUGUGGUUGGCACCAGGGAUGGACAUAAUUACUGAUCAAUUGUUCUCUAAUAACUGAGUCAUUGUGUGAAAUUAAUUGUUUGUGAAUGUUUUUUGGGCAAAAAUGAGAGUUUACAUUAGGGGUGUCACGAGACUCUAACUUCCGGAGAUGAUGCACGAGACGAGAUGAGAUUUAACAGUGAGUACAGUUCAUCACGCGGUUGUUCUUCAGACCACUGUUUAGUUGAGACAGAAAAUGCAGCGCCCCUGCUGGUGGCAGCCCAGUAGUGCACUCCAUUUCGACUUAGUUGCUUGAAGAUGCAAGUAAUCAACAAUCAGUCAUGACGGUCCCUAACUCUGAUAUCCUACGCAAGGUUGGCAUGUCUGCAAAUCGUGUCCGCCGUGUAUUUAUACACAACGAAUGAAGGCGAAAUUAUAUUCCUCAGUAAAUCAUAGGUGUGAAAUAUGGGUGUAUUGAAUCAAGGAUAUGAGACUGUAAAGGGAGGGAGUGAAGAUUUAUUUCAACCCACAUAGAUGAUAUUGAAUUAUUCAACUUUGUUUUAGAGGGAAGUCCAAAGACAUACAACUUACUGCUCAAGGUGGUGACACCUGUGGUUUAGUCUAUACAAUGAUUAAAGACCGUCUCUAACUGGGGUGUCAAUUUAUGUAUUUUGUUUUGAAUUUAUAUAAUUUGACACAUAUUUCAUAAUAAAAUACUGUCAUGACACGCCACCAAACUUAAAUGUAUGACUGGCAACAUUAUGUGCUUUCUGCCAUCUUUAGUGGAAGAGCAUUUCAAUGUUUUGCCUCUAUGUCGCUGGCAUAGAUAAAUUAUUUGUUGUACCGUGGAACCUCGGUUAAUGCAUUUUUUUUUUUUUUUGUCGAAGACGUACACAAAAGUCUUGACCCAGUUGCCUAAAUUUCCUGGUUAGGGUACAAUACGGUCUUGUCUUGUUAUUAAUACAGUGGCACCUCGGUUAGUGUUCGUCCGGUUAGCGCGUUUUUUUGGUUGACGUUGACAAUUUACGCCACAAUUUUUCUCCAUUUGCGUUCUUUCUCCAGUUAGCGUGCAGUAUGGCUGCGUGUUCUUAAUGUAUAUUUUUUUUCACAAAACAUACUUCCUUGUUGGCAUCGUAUUGGCUUGCAAACAAAAUGGCAACCAGACCUGGAAGUUACAUCUUUAUAGUUUUAUAAUGAUAGUUUUACAUGCAUAAAACAAUUGGUUCCAGAACCGACCGCGAUAUAUUUCCACCUAAAAAUGUAAUGUUUUCGUAGUUGGCACAGAAAACUUUCAAAGGUUUUAACAUUAUUAGAGCCCCGUAGACAUGAAAUAACACCCCAAUAGUCACUUUUACACUCCCAGUAUUUUUUUGUUUACAUGACAUUGUGCAGGUUACGGGAUCACUGCAGAGACAUAACAGACGGCUGCCGCUAGCAUCGCAAGCCACAGAGCUACCUAGUUAGUCUCUCCAAUGUACUUACUCUAAACUUAAAUGUUUCAAGAUGGACAAAGAAGCCAAAAACUUUCUACUUCCACACGGAAUGAGAGGAGAACCCUUUCUUCACUCGAUCUCAACCAUGGCCUGUCCUUCUCAGCCAUGACAUGUCGCCUCGGCUCUGCUGACUCAGUAGCCUAUCUCCAUACAGUGUGAAAGGUAAUGUAAUCUAAGGUCAUGUGUCAUAACAUUACUGAUGCCUAGUGACCACAAUACUACAUAUACUGUAACUUGUCUUUCAAUAUUUUUUUACUAAUAAUAGGCCAUAUUCAACCACAAAACAGCCAUCAUUUAUUAGUUAAUCAUGUUUUGAAAAACGCGGUAUAGUGAGGGCGCAAUUUUCGAACCAUGAUAUAGCGAGGGACGACUGUAUUUGUAUUUGUAUUUGUUUGACUCUAUUUCCAUUUGUUUUGUGCAUGUAAAACUAUAUAAUUGUAAAACUGUAAAAAUGUUUUUGUGUUAACAUUUUUGGCUUUCUGGAAUGCUUUAAUUAAAUGUACAUUAUUUCUUUUGGGAAAAAUUGAUUCGGUUAGCGUCCGUUUUUGUUAGAGUCACACCUUCUGGAGCGAAUUAAUGAUGCUAACCAAGGCUCCACGGCUGUGUUGGCAACAUAUUUUUCUCACAAAACGGCCCCUUUAGUGGCACGUUAGCAUGGAAACCGGAACCAUAAGUCAUUGUUCCCCACGACUCCAUCGCCUGUCUAUGAUGUCAUCAGCCGUUGACGCUGUAGUUCUUUGCUAACUAACACAGUUAUGCCACAGGUCUCUGAUUUUUAGAUUGAUCACGGCUGCAAAAUCACCCACGAUGGAGCCAAAUGUGGUAACACGUGCCAGUAUUUUGAUAAAGAAGAUGAGAUGGAAAUAAAUGAUCAUUUUUGGACCAGUUAAGUGAAAUUGGAUAAAUUAGGAACCACUGCUCUAUUGUAUGCUUUGUGUCCCGGUGCUGAUGAUCAGUGCAGGCGAUGCGUGUGACCCGACCCCAUCCAGAGGCUUGUAGAAAUUGAGACAUGAAGAAGUCCUGCCGCCACUUUUUCAUCAUUCGACCAGAUAGUUUGUGGUUGUCAACUGCAGACAUGUUGGCAGCGCACCAUAUACACACACACACAAGCAUCCAUCCACACAAACAGGCACAGGCAAUACAUCAGCUGAAACACGAGAAACCAGAGAGGAAGGAGGUGAAAAGGAUUGAGUGGGUGGCGGUGGGAGAAAAAGAUGGAGAAAGAGGCAGAGGGAGAGUAGGAGUGAGUGGCACAUGGCUUUUAGUCUAAAAAAAGAUGAGCAGUGGUAAACCAAAACCAAAAUCUGGCUUGGUUAGAUAAGAAAGAGGAAGGGGACUGGGAAGGCAAGAGGAGAAAAUGUAGGUUUCCUCCGCACCGAAAAUGGUGCAGAUGCCCUUGCUGGUUUCCAUGCUCACAAAUGUCCUCUAAAAUAUGAAUAGUGAAUGAGUGUGUGGGUAGGAAGGAGAAGUAGAGAGCAUAAGGAUAGGAAGAAUGUAGAAUGGGAGGGUGGACUGGAGAAAAGAUGGACGGCAUACUGCUGACUUGUGACGUUUUGAUUCGAAACAGCGGGCGGAGGACUGUGGAUGCGACAAAAGCCGAAGGGGCAGUGAUGCCUGGCAUGGUGAUGUUUCGGCGGCGCUGGUCAGUCGGCAGUGAUGACCUGGUGCUGCCCGCCCUCUUUCUUUUCCUUUUACACUGCAUCUGGUUGGUGGUUCUGUCCGUGGUUCUGUUCGGCCUUCCCUAUGGCUCUGACCAGUCCUGUUCCAUAACGCUGGUGGACCACGGCCGGGGUUACCUGGGCAUCUUGGUCAGCUGCCUCAUCUGUGAGAGUGCCAUCAUGUGGUUGAGCAUGAGAGGCAGCAUCCUGUACACGCAGCCCAGGGAAGCUGUGCAGUAUGUCAUCUAUAUCCGACUAGCGAUUCUGUUGGUUGAGCUGGUGUAUGCAGUAGUGGGAAUUGCCUGGCUUGUUCAGUAUUACCAGCCAUGCUCUGAUGUCACCGCCAAGAACCUGGCUUUGGGGAUUGUUGCAUGCAACUGGCUGGUGAUAUUCAGCGUCUGCAUUACCCUCAUGUGCACUUUUGAUCCUACCGGUCGGACGUUUGUCAAACUGAAAGCGACUCGCCGCCGCCAACGAAACCUCACGACAUACACGCUCAGACACAGACUUGAGGAAGGCCAAGCCAGCAGCUGGAGCAGAAGAUUGAAAUUCUUCAUGUGCUGCACCAGAGCCCAGGAUACACAAUCAGAUGCAUAUUCCGAGGUGGCAAGCCUUUUUGCAGAGUUCUUCAGAGACCUGGACAUUGUGCCUAGUGAUAUUAUUGCUGGAUUGGUGCUCCUGCGUCAGACACAGAGAUCGAAAAGAUCUUCUAUCUUGGACCAGGCCAACAAUGAUAUCUUAGCCUUCCUUUCUGGGAUGCCUGUCACACGAAACACGAGAUAUCUGGACCUGAAGAACUCGACCGAGAUGGGCAUGUACAAGGACGUGUGCGACUACAUGUUGUUCGCUCUGGCCGCGUACGGUUGGCCCAUGUAUCUGAUGAGGAAGCCGGCCUGCGGACUGUGCCGCCUCGUUAGCACCUGCCCCUGCACGUCAGUGUCUGGCUCGCGUUUGUCCCAGUCGGUGACAGUGGAGGAGGACAAUUGUUGUGGCUGUAAUGUUUUGGCCAUACGCAGACACUUCCUGGACCAGGAGCGCAAGCAAGUUCACAUUGUCUACACUUCCUGCCAUGAUGCUGUGUAUGAGACUCCGUUUUUCGUGGCAGUGGAUCACGAGAAGAAAAAGGUGGUCAUCAGCAUCAGAGGAACCUUGUCUCUAAAGGAUGCCCUGACUGAUCUGACGGGGGAUUCUGAGCGUUUGCCGGUGGAGGGCCAGCAAGGGACCUGGCUUGGUCACAAGGGGAUGGUUUACUCAGCAGAGUACAUUAAGAAGAAACUGGAGCAGGAGAUGAUAUUAUCACAAGCCUUUGGAAGAGACUUGAACAGGGGCACCAUGCAUUAUGGGCUGGUGAUAGUUGGCCACUCUCUUGGUGCCGGCACUGCUGCUAUCCUCUCCUUCAUGCUGAGGCCUCAGUAUCCCACACUUCACUGCUACUCUUACUCCCCACCCGGUGGCCUUCUUAGUGAGGAUGCCAUGGAGUACUCCAAAGAGUUUGUCACUUCUGUAGUAUUAGGAAAAGAUCUGGUGCCAAGACUGGGCUUGUCUCAACUGGAGGGGUUCCGUCGCCACCUUCUAGAAGUCCUGCAGAAAAGCAACAAGCCAAAGUGGAGGAUCAUAGCGGGAGGCACCAAAUGCAUCCCCAAAUCGGAGCUUCCCCUUGAGGAGGAUGAUGCUCAGACCCAGCAAGCAGCACCCCCCAGCAGCCGCUUGUGGCUCCACCCCAGCGACCUCAGCAUCGCCCUCUCAGCCUCAACCCCUCUCUACCCUCCUGGACGAAUCAUCCAUGUGGUUCACAACCAUCCUCCAGAGACCUACUGUGGUCAGGAAGAGCCAACGUACUCGGCUCUGUGGGGAGACAACAAGGCUUUCAAUGAGGUCAUCAUAUCACCCGCCAUGCUUAAUGAGCACAUGCCUCUCAUGGUGAUGGAGGGCCUAAACAAGGUGCUUGAGAACUACAACAAAGGAAAGACGGCGUUGCUGUCUGCGGCCAAGAUCAUGGUGAGCCCGACAGAGGUGGACUUGAACCCCGAGAGUGUGUUCAUGGCUGCCUCCAACACAGCCCAGCAGCCGACGCCUGCAGCCCACCAUCGCAGGAACAGCAGUGUUCGACAAAAAACAUUGUCACGUUCCUGUGCCCAGUCUGAAAUAUCUCUGGAUGGUUUCUCUGAGUGUCCUCCUCCUCCAGUACCCGUAGUGUUGCGUGGAGCACGAGAGCGCCUAACUGUAGAACUUAGAGACCGCAAAGCUCCACUGGCUGUCAUGGAAAGCUUGUCAGACGCCGAAUCCGUCUACAGUCUGGAUUCCCGGCGCUCUUCUGCCGCGCUCAAAGGUUCCCCGAUGCUCAGUAGCCUCCCGUUUCCUUUGGAUGCCACCAUUCCAGAAGAGAACCCGUCUCUCAGCUCUCGCACUGAACUGCUGGCCGCUGACUGCCUCUGCCAGGCCACACCAGAACACCUGGGAGAGAUCGGCCCUUUCUUUACGCCGUUAGAACCUGCAUCCAAACCAGAGUACUCCAUGCAGCUGUCCCCUGCCACGCCUCGCUACAGUGGACACUAUUCCCCUCAGCCGUUCAUGCCAGAGCAGAAUGCCUACCCCAAAAUUUCUCUUGAUGUGGAACAGAUGCCUGGCAUCUACAGCCCAGGUAGCACUCCUGACGCUCCCCUCAGUCCGCAGAUUGCUUCAAGAGCAAUGGAUGGAGACAAGGAUCAAUGGGACUUCUGCGCAGAGACCAGGCAGGUAACUUCUCCUCCUCCACCGCAACUAUCCAACGGAAACCCCAGCCGAACAGUGCUGGAGUUUGCCCAGUACUUGGACUCUCUAUUCAGGUUAGAUGGCAGCAGCUCACCGCCGUUGGAUCUCUCUGAUGGAGAGUCUGAGUCAGGACGGGGCUCCCUUGGGCACGUUGAGUGUUUGGCGGACGGACCAGAUGACAAACAGCUUCUGGCCAGGGCAACGCUGGAGCCGAACCUGGUCCCUAAGCCCCCGCGCACGUUUGCCGGAUCGGCCGAUCCUUCCUCUGGCAUCUCCUUGUCACCCUCCUUCCCUCUCUCGUCGUCCGAAGAACUCAAUGACCUUUCACCCGGAGAGGGGCUUCCACCUGCCAUACACUCGCUAAGAACAUCUACCCCCAUCCAUUGUCCUGAGGAGAACACUCUGUCCUCUAUGGUGUAGUCAGCUCAGUAAGCUACUCUGCAAUGAAGAGGUGCAGUCGUCCCAGAUUUAAAAACAUAUCACAGUACGUGCAUGCAAUGGAAUGUAGUCACUCAUCAGAGGAUCUUAAGAACAGAGCUUGACUCUCCAACUGAAAAAAUGUCCAUUCUUCAGGUGUCCUCCCCCACUUGAACCAUGUUUAUAGCAUUUUCACACUAUUGCAAUGACUGCAAAAAGAUACCUCUCUGCAUGCCAGGGGGCUGUGCUGCUUUUGGGUGGAAACAAGCAACUGUAGCUACACGAAACAAACGAGUCGCGAGACGUCUCUGCAUAUGUUCACCCCCAACCACCCCGACUCCACUUUACGAUAGGGAGAGUAGUUACCUUAUCCUAGCAGGGAUUCAAAACACUGUAGAAGGAGCCAGUUUUCAUGGGCACAUCUUCUCUGGUUGAUGUACUCUACUACUUCCUGCACCCUCAGCAGCUUCAAAAUAUGAUUUUUUUUUUCUCCUUGUGUUUCAUUUUUUUAUACUCUUCAAUCAGGAAUGUGAAGAUGGACAUAUGUCAGUCGGAAUGACGUGACACAAUGUUCCUCAGGUCUAUUCAGAGUUGGUGUCGAGAAAAGAGAUUGUGUGUGGUUCAAGUCACGUGUCUUAAACAUUUAGUGAUUGUGACAAAAGUUAUUACAGACGCCUAUGGAUGUUUUUCAACUUUUUGGUUCCUCUUUAUAGUGCAUGAUAUUUAUUUUCUCUUUCUUUUCAAGCCACUUGGGGCUGUGUCUCAAAUCGAAUACUUCCGUCAGUACACUUCAGCAUGUAUACUAUGCAGUGUUGCCAAGCCCUCAGUAAGCAAAGUACAGUAGCAAUUGGCUGUCCUAAAAGUCGUCAUUUAAUUUGCAUAGUUGGCCAUUUCUUGUGUUUUAUAAGACUCGUUCAGAGGGCGCCACAGAACACCUUCGCUAACAGGUCAGCACCAACAAUAACACUCUCCGUCCGUCUUUAACUGUCUUUGUUCGCUCACGAUGAGGGAAGCUAACAAGCUUGCAAAAAACAAUGUGGUGUAUGUUGCCCGGUGCAGUGAGGAAUGCACUGAUUUUUACUUUGGGGAAACCAAGCAGCCACUCAGCAGGCGCAUGUAACAACACAGACGGGCACAGACUCUGCUGUCUACCUGCACCACAAAGCGAAAGAUCAAUCUUUCGAGGACAAAAAUGUACAGAUUCUGGUCAGAGAAGGCAGAUGGCUUGAAAGAGGAGUGAGCGCCAUCUACAUGAACGUUGAGGAGCCAUCUCUGAACAGAGGGGGAGGUCUGCGACACCACCUUUCUUACACAUACAAUGCUCUUCAUCAUUUAGCCUUUAACAAAUAAGCAAGGCACAACCACCUUGGUUUCAAGUGGGUCCAUGGCCAUCACUGCAUCUGAAUGGAAUGCUAACGAAGGUGAUACCACCCAAACGACCAUUGUUGGCCGCAGAGGCCCCACUCCAUUGUAUCCCAACAACUGUAAUUUGACACCACAAAAAAGCCAAACCGAUCCUGUCUGGAUGUGCCUCCUCCUGUAGAGGAUAAAUAUACGAAAUCUGGCACCAAGUUCUCAGACGAGAGCUGUCCUGUCUAGUAUGACUAGUGUUUGCCCCACCGAGUCUUUGAGCAUGAACUGAUGAAGCCUGCUCAGAGGCGAAACGCCGUCGAAGACAACCUGAACGGUGCAGUUGCCAUCCAUUCAAUGUCCUGAGAAUACAAUGACCUGAAUGAAUGACAGCUAACAAGCUAAUAGGCCAACAAGAGUUGUGGUUGCUCACAGUUGACUUUCUGGGAAAAGACCGCCCCUAGCGAUAAACUACUGUAGUUUUGCACCACAAAAAGAGUGAAAGCGUUCCGAGCUGUUUGAUCUAGUCUUUGAGCAUGAACUGAACAGUCCACUUGUGAUCGAUUCAACAUCCGCAGUGUUUCGGCCAUGAGUUGCAUGUCAUGCACUCAGCCCCGAAGAGCUAUAAAAGGAUGAAGACGGCAGGUGACUAGGGUUGCGUAUCGUUUACACAUUAUCCGAUUCGGUACUGAAACAGUCCCAGGACCACUACUUAAAAAUAGGAGAACAUACCAUUUUUUUGCUGAAUUUUGUGACAUGCAAGUUGAACAGCAGUAAUUUAAAAAUACAGUGGAACCUUACUGUUAUUAAUUUGUGCCAGAAGGUCUGAGUCUAACCGAAACGGACGCUAACCGAAUCAGUUUUUCCCAUAAGAAAUAAUGUAAAUCCAAUUAAUCCGUUCCAGAAAGCCAAAACAGGUUUUUAUAGUUUUACAAUUAUUGUUUUCCAUGCAGCUUGAUGAAGCCCCUGGUGACAGCUUGGAAUUGUCCUGACUCUUCCCCCUUAUAGGCACCCCUGGCCAAUAGCGCUCAUCAUAAAUACAUUGAAAAAUGUAUCAUUAAUCCAUGUGAUCGAUAUCGGCCGAUUUCACUCAUGGAUGAUGGGUAUCGGCAGCGUAAAACCCUGAUCGGAGCAUCCCUAUUAAGAACACAGUUUGACUCAACGCAGUGUAUUGUACGCUAACCGGGAAAUGCACCUAAACACAAAGUUUUGGCAUAAAGCAGGGCGGAGGCCAACCGAGGCUCCACUCAAUAAUGUAAAUAAAAAGUAAACUACUUAAGAAAUUCACCAAUAUGCAGUAAAAUUAACAAGAAACUGUCAUAAUUAUCACAGCAAAACCAGCAGCAAUCCAGAACACAGACAAUGUGCUUGAUCUGCUUGUCUUGUAUUGUUGAUAUUCACAAUUCCGCUGUUUGGGAAUGCACUUCGCAGGCCGAAAAGUGUGAUUGGUGGAUAAUAAGGAAGUUUUAUGUGACACGUGUGCGGCAGUGGAACUGAGCACUGCCGUUGGUGUGUUAAGGUGGGCAAUACAUUUUAAAAAGCGAGUCAGACUCUGUGUACCUUUACCGGGACGCUACAUUACUUACUUGCACAAUAUCACCUUCAAGCACUUGUUGCAGGUGGCUGAGUCUGCAUUCAUUUAGCACUGAAAUGAGGCGCCGAUAGCCACUUAGCUUUUCGGUGUGGUUACUACUGUUUACGUCGUCACCGGAAAAUGCAUCCCUAGAUUGUCCCAAAUCGAUGAAUCUGUUUCUAGGCGUGUCACGAGACUCCCGAGAUGAGACGAUGCACAAAAUUGGGUCCAUGAGAAAAAGAUGAGACGAGAUCUUUAACAUUAACUUCAAGAAAAGGACAAUUAAAAAGUAUGACUGGACAAGCAAACUUUUAUUUAACUGCAUCACCAAACAAUGCAGGCGCAUUUUGCAAUGUUUAUUGUCCCACAGAUUGACGCUAAACAAUAUUAUUGUCAACAUAUUUGGAGACCAUAUAAACCAAUAAUGUGCUAAUAAUAUUUAAUAAAUAAUUAUAUCGUAAUAAUGCGAGAGUUACUCUUAAUAUGUCAUCUUUCACUGUUGUAAAGUUGUGGAAUUGUCGUUUGUCACAUGUAUUUUUUCCUCACAAACAAUUUGUACUGUAACAUUUGCAGCAUUUCUUGAAAUGCUGGCUUUUCAACCGUAUUAAAGAGCAGCAUUUCUUAUGCGAUGGCUUUUUGUGAACACACACAAUUCUGCGGCUGUUGGGACGAAGACUCUGCAUCUUGGUGUGUAGUGUUUCUCCCACAUCAGGUGGAUGCCUGAGGUGGCCAGGUUUCUUUUCGUUUAUUGGUAAUUAAAAUAUGAUGAAUUAUAUAUUUAUUGAGAGACAGGUUUAUUUUUUUUGCCUGAAUGAGAAAUCUCAUCACGUUUUAAUCUCGCAAGAUCUUGUGACACCCGUAGUCGUUGCACAAUCUUUAUCCACCUCCUCUUUUCUCCUUUUUAAUGGUGAAUUGAAACCACUCAAGUUAAUCGCUCCCCAUCCGCUACGUAGCCAAGAUGGCGAUGAGGGCGGUUAUCCUCUGUUGUGGAAAAAAAAUGUCAUCCUAGCUAAGAAAGAGAAUUCCUGAAGUAAAGACAGAACUUGACUGACAGACAACACAGAGUGCACGGCGGUCUGCAGAUGUUUGGCCAAGAGACUCUUAUACUCCAUUGCAUGCAAAUUGUAAAAGAAGCAAACCACUCCGGGGUGCCGCUUCGUCUGGUGGGAGAGCUGACAUCCAAGAAUGGCUUCCACUGGCAAUGGGGCCAACAAAGUUGAAUGGAAUGCAGGAUGUGUUCACAUACUAGACGUAAAAACUCUCCAAAAGCUAUCAAAAGUAAUCCCUAAAACUAGUACGAUAAUGUAAGCUAAGUUAUACAUGUAAACCAUACAUUUCCCCAUCACACCUCCAUCGUUGCUCGCUCACCGUUUGGGUUUGGGCCGUGUUGAGUGCAACACCCGGGUACUUGCCGUGCUUCUCAGUGUGAGCACACUUAUGCACUCAAAAUGCUAAGCGUAAGUACGCAAGUGCUCGAAUUGGGACACAGCCCUGGAUUGACAUUUGCGUACUCUCGGGCGCAUCAUGUAUGCUCAGACAACCUCGUUGCCAAAUAAUUGAUGACAGUGAUAUUGCCAAAUGUAUUUCUGGGAUGUACUUUUUGUAUAUGUUGACUGCUUUAUUUGAAGACAACAAGCUAUGUUUAUUAUCUCCUUUCCCCACUCAUCCCCAUGUAGACUGUUACCCACCACAGGAAAGACGUCGCCUGACUCUCCACGGCUUUCCUGUCACCACCGCAGCCCCUGGCGUGUGUUUGUGUCGACAUUCUGGCCCGCAAUAACCCUCUAGCUCAUAGCUGUCGUUCUCUCCUAGCAACUAUACCCCUCUUUGGGUGAGUGUGUCUACAUUUCCUAACAUGAUAAUCCCAUCAUAUCGAAGGAAUCCUCUCAUUUUAAUGCAAAUGUGGAAUCCCAGACAAAACCCAGCCAUGCAUCCUCCAUGCGGUCGCGGGAUGUAUUUUCUCUGGUACUCAAGGUGCUCUCAGACACGAUGGACGUCAGGUGUUUGCUUCCCUUUAAUCUGGUUCGCCUCCUUCCUUCCUGGAGGUUGGACUGUGUGGAUAAAUGAGCUGGUGUCAAUUCUACACACAAUCUUCCAUAUCUCUGGGGGUUAGCAGGUGGCUCACUACCUGCAUUAUUUAUUACCAUAAAUGCUUUCACUUCUAUUGCUGUAUUUGAUGGUAUUGUUAUCCUUACUGCUCUUGCAGCAGAUUGGUUUGAUGUCUGUGAGGUUUUUUUUCUCACUUGUUGGGGAAUCUUUUUUUUUUGUGUAAACAUUCCCAGGAUAAGAACUGUAUAUGUAGGAAAAGUAUUUGACAUUCUGCCAUGACAUUUUUACUGAUGUUCCAAAGUGGUGAGACAUUCUGCAGAAUGACCUUUGGUGCCAUGCUGAGCCUGGAGUCGGGAAGCGGAGUUGUUACUCUUGAUUUUGCCAGUUUACUGACAGACACAGCGCACAGAUAAUCUCGCCAGUCCCGCUUCUCUCUUUCACACACACUUUGGUUCAGUAGUUUCGCUUGCAGCCAGUCAAAGCACUGUAUGUGUACAGCACCAUGCUCUGUGUGUAAUUAUUUAUGCAGAUGUAUAACACAAAUAAUGGAUUCCAAUAGAGUCAUGUAGAGAAUAACUAUAUUUAAAAAAAGAACAUAUCUCUAUAUUUAAAAUAUCAGUAUUGACACAGUACGAGAAAUACUUCAUCUGAAAUUUAUUUAUUUUAACUACGGGAUAAAUUGCAAAUUGGUCCAUAAUGAGAGGGGGAUAUUUCCAAAUACAGUAUGUAGUGUCCAUGUUUACCUGGUUUGCUUCCUUUCCUGUCCCCAAUGAGAAUGUAUGUGAUCCCUACCCUUACUCAACUUUGCCUGUGAUGGAAUAAAUUACAAACC